AUGCACCUCUAUUUCCAAUACUUGCUUAUUUUUUUUACGUAUAUCAAUUACCAUGUCCAAAAGUCUAUGGCGUUUACUUCCUGUGAGAUCUCAGCCCUAACCGUGAAUUAUGUCAAUCAGUGUCCAGAAGACUCCAAAUCCUGGCAGUUGGCAGCAAGAAAAAUGAACUGUGAAGGAAUUGAAGAGGGCUGUCAACAAGGAAUAAGAGCAGACAACCAUCAGUUCGUAUUUCAAUACCAUUGUGUAAUAAAUGUUUGGGGAAAUGCUACACUAGAAGUUUGCGCAUUCAACCGCACAAUUCUAGGUUAUUGUGCCGAGUUUAACAUCGUGGGAUCAGUGAUACAGGAUAACUACUACGCAGAUUGUACGAAGCAUGAUCCGCCAUGUCCAUCAGUAUACAACUCGGCGGAGGCAUAUAAAUAUAUAAGCUGUUAUGAAUUGGUUCAGCAAAAUCGAAGGAAAACGAAUACAAUUUCGUCAGCAAAAAGAACAUGUGGGAAUCUUCCAACAACUUUCAUCUCCAUCCUUUUUCGAUUCAUCUUUGGAAAAGUAUUUCAUAUAUGAACCUGUAAUGAAUGCCAGGAUUUUGAAAUCCAUCUCUGUUGUCUGCGUAAAAAAUUGCCUUAUUUUAAGCAUGCAUGUUGCCAUAUCUGUAUGCAUUCAAUAUUUAUAUAAUAAGUGUUUUCUUAACCAGACGUCUAACAAAUGUUUCU